CAGUGUACGUCAACCGUCACGUCAAACCCGUCAACGGUGGAUCCGAUAACCAGAUUUUAUUUCUACACAAAACUCUGUCCUUGUUUUCUUACUCCAACAUCGACGUCGUUCUUGGGGUUCAUCGUGCAACGUUCAAUCAAGCCGACGGAUUCGCUCUCAGGCUUGCCAACAUAUGCCGGUCGCGUUCAAUUUAAGUACUCGUUCAAAUACUAACGUUAAACUUGCUUCCGUGGUCGCUUUAAACCAAACGCGAUUCAAGAAUCUCCGAUAGGCAAACUUUCCGUCCUGUAUUACUCGUUCGUCGGCAUCACUUGCCGAAGAUCAAGAUCGUGAUUUGAUACCUCACGCAACCUAAAUCGGUAAUCCCAUUCGUGAGACCUUCCAACAUCUCUGCAGGUGGGAUUAUAAUACUUGGUGAUGGUACAAUCACAACGCCUAUUAUGAGAAAAGAAGUACUGCUUAACUACCUGUAUUUCUGUGCCCUGUCAAUAUUAUCUCAAUCAGCUAGCUGUCUAACUCACACAUUGGAUUCAGCCACCAGGUAAAUAUGGUCCUGAGAAAUUGAUCACAGAAUAUUAAUUUGAGAUUUUACUGGACUUCAAGAAAACAUUAGCAGAUCGAUUAUUAGUAAAUGACAUUCAAAAACAUACAUCAACGUUUCACUCCAGUGUAGUUCCUUCUUAAUAACUGAAGCCGUCUCAAGAAAAUGUCGAUUUGUAAUUCUUGAGAUGUUUCAUCUUGAACAUUUUAUCAAUUUAAUCUUUGAUAUGAACGUGAAUUUCACAUUUACUUGUACUGUAUUCCAGUAACGAUACUAACGCGGUGUACAAUAAAAGUUCGUAAUCAAAUAACGAUACCUUAAAUCAUUCCGAUGAUACUUGUAAUAUUAAAUUCGUUUGAAGCUCCUCUGGCAGUCAGGUCUACCAUAACGUGAAACUAAAAGAAAACACGAGACGGAUGAGCGAUGAAACGGAUCAAAACAUUGAAUAUGGUCAGCUAACCGACAAGCAAGACAUUAGCAAUGUUAACGAAGUACCGAUUCGUCGAAAGCGGGCAAUUCGAGACGCAGGGAGUGCUGUCCCUCUUGGUGGGUCGUCAAAUCCUUCCCGCAAGGCAGGGCUGAUUCCCGGAAAGCAACGAUUCAAGAAGGCCAAUCAUCCAAUUGAUGGCAAUGCUGGAAAGCUGUUAAACGACAAAGGGGAUCUGAAAAGGAAUUCUCCCGCGAAAUUCGAUGCUUCGGGAGAUCGUGCUGAUCAGGAUAAGAGAGAUCUUCGCAAGCAACAAACCACAUCUUCGGAAUUGUCGCAAUCCAGGGAGGAGGAUAAAGUAAAGUCCGGUAAAAAGGAAGGGAAGAGAAAUUCCUAUUCAAUGAAAACAAUGAAGCCGAAAUCCAGGGCAAUUAAGCAGAGUGAUCUCAUGACUCGGAGCUCUCUUGCAAAGGUGAGAGGCCUCGUACACGACAAAGGUGGUUAUUCUGCUGUAAAAGAUGACGCAAAAUUGCACGAGUCGGAGUUUGACAGCAAAAACCUCGGGGAUGAAGCCGACCUUGAACAAAAAUCUACAGAGUAUGAAGAAACGGGUGAUGAUGAAGACUUAGAAGCACCGGUCGGCUACAAGGAAAAUGCACCGGAAGUUUCGCAGAACAGUGAAGAGUCUGAAAAAGUUGAUCUCCCUCAGAAUUCAGCGGAAGAUGAUGAUUUUUAUAAUCAAGAAGUCGAUAAGAGAGAAGCAGAAGUCUUAGAAGAAGAAUACGAGGGUGUCGAUGAUCAAGACGAACCGUACGGGGAUACCGACGAAACGGAUGAUUCUAACAUCCAGGGCGCAAAGAUUAGACCAGAAACGUCACUUUCAGAAAAGGCCGAAAAAUCCGAUAGCCGGGUGAAGAGACACGACACCGAAGCCAAUGGAGGUAGUUCUGAAAAAAAUGACACAACUAACCUGAGCGACGAUGCAAAAGGACCUCUGGAGCGUCUUGGAAACCUGGGUGAGGAAUCUCUUGAUAAUUUGAAACGGGAAACAGAUCAAAAUUCAGUCGCGGUAUCAUCGAGUUCCAGCCACGAAGCACAAGAAGACACUCUAAAAGGCCGGGAAGAAACAAAUGAAAGCUUAAAACAAGAAUCGAUGAAUGUUGAUACAAAAUCCGACGCAAGCGUGGACUGGGAUGCGAAAAGAACCGGGGACUCUUUUAGUGAUGAUAUGAAGAAGGAAUCUAAAAACUUCGCUAAUGAUGACCUGGACACUGAUUACGAGAAAAGAGUCGAGCAACAGAUCCAACAGAGGAUAGACUCAAUAAAAGAAGAAAUCAAACGGGGUGUAGAAGAGAAGCAAAAAAUACGCGAAAUCGAAGUGAACAAUGCAAAGUAUGAUGCAAUGCAGAGCGAGGAUGAAGAGGACGAGGUUGAGAAUAAUCAAAGUUUAGAUGCACCAAGCGAGCGGAAAAGUGUUUCAAAACGAUCAAUCAUCGACGGGAUUCGAAGGCCACACCAAAAGGCUAAACGACAUAUUUUAAAAAGAGUAAAACGCUCGAGCACCGCAGAUGAAAGACAAUUGCGUGCUAUCGAAGGUGUCGAAACCCUGGAUCCCGACGUCCUUGUGAAGGCUAAGCUGCGCCACGAAAGCAUACGCAAACGGUCUGCGCCAACUUACGGCGCAACUGACGAGGACGCUUCCAAAAUGUCGAGAUUCCCAAUCAAAAGAAGCAUCGUCCCACGCCAAGUUUACCUCGUCAAGAGUGAGCCGCAAAUAUCAUCAACAACGAACAACCGAGAAAUCAGGAAUCCGAUAAUCAUACCCGAACAAGCACAGGCUAAUAUCGAUGAUGAACUGCCACCAGGUGUUUCAUUGGACCAGAGUUUACUCGAGGACACUUCUUCUGCUGUUAAUAAUAGACUCAAACGUAGUCCGGAACGGUUCGCGCGACGCAGACGUGCUAGCGCAGUUAUUCCUGAAAGCGGAGUCGCCUUCCUUGGAUACAGACCGCAGGACGACGACGAGAUUGACGAAGGAAGUGAGUUUGAUGAUGACAGCUUCGAGGACGGAAGUCCGCACCUUGCAGAGGACAGAUCAAGCUAUGCCGAACCCUACGCUAUUCGUGCCCAGUACCGCGGUGACGAAGCCAGAAAUGAAAGCCCAUCUGAGUUCCUUUUCGCUGGUGGCGAGGAUGAGCAAACUGACUUUCUGAUGCGGCGCAAGCGCGGUGAAAUUGACGAAGAUGAGCAACCAGUUCGACUUCAUGGAGGUGGAGCUCUUGCCAGACGGCAAGCGAAGGCGAAGUCAAAUCAGAUGCAAUCAGCACGGGUAAAUAGUAUAUAUCUGGGGGAAAAAUGACUGGAUCAAAUUGGUACAUCAAAUCUGGACCAAUCCAAUUGGACGUAGUUGAAUAUAAUUGUAGAUUGCUUGGAUCUGGUUAGAUAUGUUGUCAGACUUAACUAUACAUAUUGCAAUAAUGGUGGAUGCAAUUAUAGUAAUAAUUGGAUCUGAUCAGACCACGGGCCUGAUUCUGUGACUUGUAUCAUCGACGACAGUGGUGAUAAAAGUCAUUCUGACUUUGAAAUCUGACACUGACGUGAAAUCAGUGAUAAAAGUCGUUAAGAUGAAUGACGAAGCAGCUGUAACCAGAAAAUUUCCUUGUCUUCGUGGAAAGAAGUACAGAUUCAAACAGCAACCCUUAGCGGAUACAGUUUCAACAACAGGGAUGCAUUUAUCCGACGCGAUAUAAUUAUAUCUGAACCGUUUGACAUCUUGUACGAAAUUUUACAAUAUCAGGUUAAAAUUAAACAAAUAUAACCUCGUAUUCUGCUAACUUCAACAAUCCAUUUUCUUAUGUACCUAUGAUGUUUAAAUCAGAUUGUCGAUAAAGACAAAAUUUAGAUCCAAUUAUAUCUGAUGGCUUCAAUCAGGACAAUCUAGAUCUACUCAUCUUUUCACGGGAUUACCAUAAAUAAAACGAGAGUAAACAGCGUAGGUGAUGUCAUUGAAUAAUUUUUUGUCCUGAAUAUAAAAAUACUUAUCAAAGUCAAAUUCUUGGUGGUGCAAACACGGGAAGUCAUCGCAUUCUACAUCUGAGGUAAAAAUGUAAAAUGUCGAUGUCAAGCGACUUCAGUAUUCCAUGUUGGGAUUCCAUCGCACGAGUUCUUCAAAUUUUUGCAUUGCUCUAACCUGAAUAACCACCCCACGUGGAUACAUUUAAUGCAAUGGGAAUAUUACUCGGGGCGUAGCGAAGUAACGAUAAAUAUAAAACAAAAAUUCAUCUGUGAACAUUUUAACCUGACAUUUAUACCCGAACAUCCAUUUGACUGUAUAAGAUGAUAAUCACUUCGUCCAUAGAGACCAAAAUAACAUAGUUUUCGCGUGAAUUUUGCAACUGUCAAUGAAUUCAUAAGGUAUCAUAUUGACUAAAAGAUUUAUUUAAAUGACUGUUCCUGGGUAGCUAUUUCGAGACAAUCAUUUUCAAAGAUGUGAUACAGUUCAGGACAUGCAAUAUCUGGUAUACAUCAUUAAUCAUCUUCCAGCAUCUGAAUUACGCAAUUUAGCGAACGAAAAAUUGGUGGGAAAAGUAUUUGGUUCGAGUUUGAGGUCAUAUUAAUCUGACACUAAAAAUUUGAAAUUUUAAAUCUGCACGCUGUUAAAAUGAUUUUAAUAUGAAAGCAUGGCGUGAUUGAUCACAUGACUAUCGUAUUACACGUAAUGAUACAACUUUCUUCAUACGGUUUGUACGUUCGGUUCAAGCGACUUUCAAAGACCUCAGUACUCGUAUUCUUUAAUAAAAUUCAUUGAUAUAGUUGUGCUAUUUUAAUACUCGUAGUAUCUGGCUAAAGUAUCAUACUUUUUUCACCAAUGGACACAGAUCACGUCAAGAAAGAACGUGAUGGAAAGAGAUAAGCGGCACUCGGUAAACAUGAUUGACGAAUCAAAGUCUGAAUCCGUGGCAUCUUUGGUGGGCAGCUCACAGGAAUUGAGCCCUCGACUGGCGUCCGAAUAUCGAGAAGCCUUCGGCGGCCUGCAAAGUGAUCCUGGCGGAGGGCUUGCCAGAUUUAAACGUGUCAAGCGUGCUGUUCUUGGCAGCUCCUAGUUUAGACUUUUACUAUUUAAACAUUAAGACUAUUAUACGUUAUACUGUAUAAGUCGCAUCAGCUCAACUAUACAUAUCUAUGUAUGAAAUAAACCGAUAUACAGAGACAGAAUU